GGUGGGGUUUUUGAGAGGAGGGUUUUAUGGGCGAGCCCUGGGUCCCCCGCCCGCCGAGGAGAUGGAUGAGGACGGGCUUCCACUCAUGGGGUCAGGCAUAGACUUGACCAAGGUGCCAGCUAUUCAACAGAAAAGAACGGUGGCAUUUCUAAAUCAAUUUGUGGUGCACACUGUACAGUUCCUCAACCGUUUUUCUACAGUUUGUGAGGAGAAACUGGCAGACCUUUCUCUUCGUAUCCAACAGAUUGAAACAACUCUCAAUAUUUUGGAUGCAAAGUUGUCUUCUAUCCCAGGCCUAGAUGAUGUCACAUUUGAAGUAUCUCCUUUACAUGUCACUAGUGUCACAAAUGGAUCACAUUCUGAAAUCACUUCAGAGAAAUCACAGAUUUACACAAAAUACUCUCUACAGCAGAACAGUACACAAGACUCUGGACAACAGGAAAGUGAAGUAUCAUCAGAAAAUAUCUUAACUGUAGCCAAGGAUCCAAGAUAUGCCAGAUAUCUCAAAAUGGUUCAAGUGGGUGUUCCAGUGAUGGCAAUAAGAAACAAAAUGAUAUCAGAAGGACUAGAUCCAGAUCUUCUUGAGAGGCCAGAUGCUCCUGUGCCUGAUGGUGAAAGUGAAAAAACUGUAGAAGAAAGUUCAGAUAGUGAAUCUUCUUUCAGUGACUAAGCUGAGUUUUGGUUAGAAUUAAUGUGCAUGUGGGAGAAGGAUACAUUUCCAUUCUGUAAAAGAGCUUUCCUCUCUUAAGUCAUAAAAACAUCUCAUGGCCACACAUUUACCACCCACCUUCUCUGUUGAAAAGCAUUUACAACCUGCCAGUAUGUCUUGUUACCAAAUAAAGGGCUCUGAACUGAAAAGUAGAAUAGCCUAAAUUGCAGUUAGUGGUUCAAAUACAAAGACGGUAUAUUCCAGAGAAGCAAUGAGCAUUUUAAAAUGAAGUAAAGGGCUAGAGGUGCAGCUCAAGGUAAAGCACCAACAGAGCAAACAUGAAACCCUGAGUUCCCCUGUUUGGCUGUCCGUAUCUCAACCAGCAAAAACACUUGUUCCUUCCUAUUAUUGCUUAUACUCUC